UAGAACAGGUCCAAAAAAUUAAGGAUCCUAAACAAACUUAGUCGGAGAGAAGAAGUGAAAUUGGGGACAGCGGAUCCAACCACGCGACUGAAAGGCUGAGACCUAGAUCCCAAUUAUCUCCGGUUUCUUCACUUUCACUGUCUCCUCCGUUGUUAGGGUUUCUCUCAGGUUCACACUUAUGCAUUUCAUAUAUACGCUUGUAUGUGAAAAGGUUUAGUGGGAUAUAUAUAUAUAUAUAUAAUCUGAAGGAAGGAACUCUUCUUCUCUUAUCAUGGAGACUCUAUGGACUCUUUUGUAUUUGCUAGAACCUGCACCAGCCACUCUCAUUGUCACAGCUGUCACUGUGACUUUUGCUUCCGCUUUCCGUGCACUUAACUAUGGCAAAGAGAUGGAGAGAAAUCGUGACUUCUCCGAAGCUUCCAUUACACUAGAUAGCUCCCAGGCCUUGAUGAUCCCAGUUAUGAGCUCUUGCAGUUUGCUUCUCAUGUUCUAUUUGUUCUCUUCUGUUUCUCAGCUCCUCACUGCGUUUACAGCCAUUGCUUCUGUUUCAUCUCUCUUCUAUUGGUUAUCGCCGUAUGCUGUAUAUAUUAAGACGCAGCUUGGUCUGUCUGAUCCCUUCGUCUCACGCUGCUGCUCGAAAUCAUUUACAAGAAUCCAAGGAUUGCUACUUGUGGCUUGUGCUGUGACAGUUGUGGCAUGGCUCAUCUCUGGCCAUUGGGUUCUGAACAAUUUGCUUGGGAUCUCCAUCUGUAUUGCGUUUGUCAGCCAUGUUCGUCUACCCAAUAUCAAAAUAUGUGCUAUGCUUCUCGUGUGUCUCUUUGUAUAUGACAUAUUCUGGGUUUUCUUCUCUGAAAGAUUCUUUGGUGCUAACGUUAUGGUAACUGUCGCAACCCAGCAAGCAUCAAACCCGGUUCACACAGUAGCUAACAGUUUGAAUCUUCCUGGACUGCAAUUGAUCACUAAGAAACUGGAACUGCCAGUGAAAAUUGUGUUUCCUCGGAACCUAUUGGGAGGUGUAGUGCCCGGUGUGAGUGCCUCAGAUUUCAUGAUGCUUGGUCUUGGUGACAUGGCUAUCCCAGCAAUGCUUUUGGCUUUGAUCCUCUGUUUUGACCAUCGAAAAACUAGAGACGUGGUGAAUCUUUUCGAUCUAAAAUCUUCCAAGGGGCACAAAUACAUAUGGUAUGCACUUCCUGGAUACGCCAUUGGCCUGGUGGCGGCUCUAGCAGCAGGUGUAUUGACUCAUUCACCUCAACCAGCUCUACUUUAUCUGGUACCAUCGACAUUAGGACCGGUGAUCUUCAUGUCUUGGCGGAGAAAGGAUCUUGCGGAGCUGUGGGAAGGUCCUGCGUCAUCCAAUCCCACUGAGAAAUCUCAUGAAAUAGAGAUAUGAGUUUAUAUAUCAAUCAAAGAUUAUUCAGAAACCUAAACAUAAAAAUAAAAAUAAAAAUAAAAAAAAAAACAUAAAACAAAGACGUUUAGUAGGAAUGAUAUCAGAUCAAGAGUUCUUGUAUUCUUAAGUUGACAAAAAAAAUCAAAACAAAAAAAGGAAUUGGUCGACCA